AUGAAGGGAUGUGUUUUUCUUGAAAACAUGCCGUCCAAUACAACACUAGAUAAUGAUAGAUUUUCCAAUCUUCCACCUAUAUGUGUCUCCGGUGACACUUCUCGUUUUCGCUACACGUACCGCAAUGGUCUCCGGUCAGCUAUUCGAGUUGCGCGGGUUGUGUCGGAAACUGUUGCCCUUAAUCAUUCCAAUGUGAGGUGGUUCGUUUUUGGAGACGACGAUACAAUUUUCUUUCCUGAUAAUCUGGUGAAGACACUGUCGAAAUAUGAUCAUGGGCUUUGGUACUAUAUUGGGACAAAUUCAGAAAGUUUUGUGCAGAAUAAAGUUUUCUCCCAUGAAAUGGCCUUUGGAGGAGCAGGUUUUGCUAUAAGUUAUCCUCUUGCAAAAGUGUUAGCUAAGGUUUUCGAUUCGUGUCUCGAACGAUACCCUCACCUCUAUGGAAGUGAUGGUAGAAUUCAUGCCUGUCUAUCAGAGCUUGGUGUAAGUUUAACACACGAGGCAGGUUUUCACCAGAUGGACUUUCGAGGGAAUAUUUUUGGUUUCUUGGCUGCGCACCCCGUUAGACCCCUCGUGUCUCUCCAUCAUAUGGAUGCGAUGGAUCCGAUUUUCCCCAACAUGACACAAAUGAAGUCCCUGGAACAUCUAUUUCAAGCUGUACAAAUUGACCCGCACAGGAUUAUGCAACAAACGGUUUGCUAUGAUCGAUGGUUUUCUUGGACAAUCUCGGUUUCAUGGGGAUAUGCUGUUCAAGUUUUCCCCAAUAAUGUAUUUUUGCGCGAUGCUUUGCGAAUGCAAGAGACUUACACUUCCUGGAAAAAGAAUGGUCUAAACGUCCAUUACAAUCUCGAUACAAGGGAACAUCACCCAGAUCCAUGUCGAAGGCCACCGGUAUUUUACCUCGAUCGAGUAUCAUCAGGCCAGGAUGGGAUAAAAAGCACUUACAAGAAGAUGAUCUCUGAAAAUUGCACAUAUGACAGGGCUUCGCCGAGGAAGCUUGAAGAAAUCAGGGUGUUCUCUCACAAGCAAGAACUUGACAUCAAACAGUUGCUGGCACCAAGAAGGCAUUGCUGUGAUGUAUUGCCUAAUGCAGCUGGAAAAGCCCCCAUUGGGUUUGGAAAUUUUUUUAUUACUAAGAAAAUGGCAUAUGGGCUGGAAUUGUUGAAAGUAAAUGCUGUGCAAGAUAAUUUAGGCAAGAUUUUAAAGAAGUUUGGUAAUGACCCUUUUAAGUGGGGUAAGAACUUAACUAUGGGCGAAAGCAAAUGGGUUUUGGAGUGA